AUGGCUUCGAAACAAUUGUAUCUGGAUGUAGCGUAUUGGUUCAAGUAUAUUGACUGGUUAAACCUUAUUCGCAUUUCUGGAUUACAUAUCUUCGCCAUAGGGCAGUUUCUAUAUGUUCCUAUCCAAUAUAAGACGAUCCUAUUGGGAACAAUUUAUGCUAUACUCACCGGUGGAUUCGGUUUGACGGCGGGUCAUCAUCGCCUCUGGUGUCACCGAGCCUACAAAGCAUCCAUUCCAUUGCAGUAUGCUCUAGCUCUCUUUGGAGCUGGCGCCAUGCAAGGACCUAUCACUUUCUGGAUCCGUCACCACCGAGCUCAUCAUCGCUACGUUGAUACUAACCAGGAUCCAUAUAGCGCCCGCAAAGGAAUGUUUUGGGCACAUAUUGGCUGGCUGUUUGUAAAAGACCGUCACAACUGGGGCAAAGUGGACAUGGAAGAUGUUAGGCAUGACCGUGUUGUUUUGUGGCAAAGGAAAUAUUUCCCUAUAAUUGCCACCAUCAUGUGCUUUGUCGUACCAACCAUGGUGGCCCACUUCGGAUGGGACGACUGGAAAGGCGGGUUUGGGUACGCAGGGUGUCUUAGGUGUGUGAUUAACUGGCACUUGGUUUGGACGAUCAACUCUCUAGCGCAUUGGGUCGGUGAUCAGCCCUACUCGGACAAGAAUACCUCACGACAAGCCAUCUGGAUUGGAUUAUAUAGUAUGGGAGAAGGUUAUCACAACUUUCACCAUACGUUUCCCUCAGACUAUCGCAACGGGCCGGUUUGGUAUGAUAUUGAUAUGUCUAAAUGGUUAAUAGCGCUCUGGGAGAAGCUUGGUUGGGCGUCGCAUCUCAACCGAACUAGUCCCGAGGACAUAGAGAGAUGUCGGACGAUGCAGGUCUUGAAGAAGAAUGGCCUUGAAAAGAAGAGCAGCGAGCAGGAUAAUGAACUUCCAGUAUGGAAAUGGAAUAAGUAUGUGGAUGAGACACGCAAGGGCCGCUGUCUGGUGGUUAUCGCGGGGAUGAUCUAUGAUGUGCGUGACUUCAUGGCUGAACAUCCGGGAGGGAAGGGACUUCUUCAGGGGGUAAUUGGGAAGGAUGCCACUAGUGAGUUUCAUGGGGGCGUUUAUAACCAUUCUGCCCAUGCAGAUAAUAAGCUGGACACGCUGAAAAUAGCCGUGGUCGAUGGUGGAGGAGAGGUGAAAACGUGGAAAGGUAAAUGAAAUUGACUUUCAGUUCAAACCGAAUAAAAUGUUCGUAUUUAUAUAGGAAUAAAUCACGGUACGCAUUUACCUUUUCCGGCUCUAAACUCACCAGACCUUUUAAGAAUCCGAAUAAAUAGCAUAUAGAUCA